AUGGUCUACCAUCACGAUCCCCCACCAGCGCGUCCCGUCGCCCCGAACCACCAUCCACCUGUCCGCUUCUCAUGGCAAACCGACUCCUCUCGACCGUUAACCACACUAGCGACCAGGCAACAUCACGUCCAACCCUCAUCAACGAACAACAUGACGCCACCGAGCGCUCGAUACUCGUACAUGAACACGCCGAUCGAAAUGCAGCAGGGACGGCCGUUCCCGCCCGCGCAACAGCGGCCGGCGGAGUCGACGAUACCGCAGUCGCCGCGGUCGCCUGAUGCGCCGGGGGGAGGGUAUGCGUCAACACGAUCGCAGACGUGGGAAGAUGCGGCCGACGUUAAGAAGCAGUUGGUAUCCACGCCCGUGGAAGGACACGCAGCGUACUACGCUCCAGGGCAGGACCAGUACCAGCAUCCAUCCGAGUCCGGCUAUCGCCCACCCGAACAAGACACGCAGAAACCCUACCCACCUCCUGACGACGAGAUGCAGAAGCCGACCAAUCCUCCAACCAUCCCCAUCCCCAUCCCCCAUCCCCUCUUCUCCCCCGACUCCCUCCCACAUCCCACCAACACCCCCCUCCACCAGCCCGGCCAAAUCCCCCAUCCUAACCUCGACCCUUCCGCCUCGGGAGGCAAGCAACGGUGGCGCCACGGGCUCUGCGAGUGCGGCGGUGCGGACGUGGGGACGUGUGUGACGGGGCUGUUGUGCCCGUGCGUGCUGUACGGGAAGACGACGUAUCGGCUGGAGCGGCGGGGGCGGCGGGAGGAUCCGACGGAGAUGUUGGGGUGGAGGUGGCUGAAUGGGCGGUGUGGGAUGAUGGGGGUGGCGUGUGGGUUGUGGUGUCUCUUCCCAUUGUUCAAUCGCACCCGCAUCCGCCACCUCUACAACCUCGAAGGCUCCUUCGGUGGCGAUCUGGUCGACGCGUGCUGUUGCUGCUGCUGCGUGACGGUGCAGUCGGAGCGCGAGAUUCGCGAUCGGGAGGAGAAGGCGAGGCGGUGGGAGGGGCCGGGGCAGGGAUACGUGCCGCCGGAUCCUAUGGUGUAUGCGCCGCCGCCGCGGUGA